AUGAAGUUAAAGCAUAGAUUAGUGUGUGUGUUAACGUUCAGUAUAUGUGCCUUAUUAGGGGUUCACGUGUUCGUAUUAUCAGGUGUACAGAACCUGUUAUCCAUAGAACCUGCCGUCAAUCAUGUGGACAGAUCGGAAUAUCGAGACAUUCGGGGGUCAGAGCAUGCUCAUUAUCCAGCUGGACGAAAAAGGCUAAAUAAAAGUAAUUUUUCAGGAGAUGUGGAUUUAGACUCGAACACUUUAAAAGUUUUUAAAAAUAUGCUUGAUGAAGAUGUGGGACUAAGACAACAAACUCUUCAACCCCCGAAAGCACAAGCCAUGGAGGACAAUCACGGUGAAACACCCUUACAAGAGAUAAAAGACUUUAAAAAUAGCAAAGUGGACCAAAUGUUAGCGAACCUAAAGGAGAAAAAUCCCUCUAAAUUUGAUUUACGAUAUUUCGAAAAAGCGGAUUAUUUAACGUUUUUAAAAGAUUUUUCUAGUCACUUUAAAAAGAGUAAAAAAUCAUUAGCUGUUUAUAAGAAUUACAAAGGACAUAAUGUGACUAAAUUAUUAGAGAAAUCUUUCGAGAGAAGAGAUUUUCUAGUGUAUGGAACAUUCUUUAGCAAAAUCGUAUCGUAA